AUGAAUAGCUCUGGAAUGUUUGCACAGUUCAGUGUAUUACAAGUCACACUGGUGCUGGGUGAUAACCAUACACUCCAUGGUAAUUUCAGCAGUGUCACCCACCAAGAAGAGGAUAUCCUUCUGAGGCCAGGUGGAAACAUUGAGAUCACCAUGACAUGGAUUGGCAGUCCACAGUCAAAAGCAAAGUCAUCUACUCCAUACAUUGUAAGUCAUCCCAAAAUGGAAGAACUUCGCAAAAUUGUCAUAAAACACCACCAGAAGUUUCUUGAUGAAGGGAAGUCUACUCGAGUGAUGAUAUUCUCCCAGAGACAGUGUACUGGAGAUUACAGAAUGUUACAGCACCAUUACCCUCUUGUUAAGGCUAUGAGCUUUGUUGGCCAAUCAACAGUAGCUCAUGGAGGAAGGGGUUUCACUCAAAAGGAACAGUUAAAGGUUGUGAGAGAGUUCAAAGAGGGAGGGUUUAACACUUUAACUUCAACCUGUGUAGGAGAAGAAGGCUUGGACAUUGGCGAAGUUGAUCUGAUCAUUUGCUAUGAUGCACCGAAGUCCCCAAUCCGUUUGGUGCAGAGAAUAGGUCGUACAGGGAGAAAGCGCGAAGGACGUAUCAUCAUCCUAGUAACAAAGGGGAAGGAGGAACAGAUGUAUAAUCAGAGUCAGUUACAGAAGAAAAACAUCAAUGCAGCUCUAUCAGAUGGAGAUAAACUGAAAAGGUUUCUCUUUCCGUCAAAUGUUCGCAUGGUGCCAAGAGGUAUAACACCUGUAUGUCACAAGCUCCACAUGAAGAUUGGCACGUGGAAGACCAAGACUGGCAAGGACCGAAAAUCUGACACAAGCUCAAAGUCACUCUCAGGCUCGCUCUUAGAGAGGACAAAUGUGUCGAAAAAGAAACAACAAGGUAAAGUUGGUAUGCUAAGCCAAGAGGAAUGGCAGUGGCUAAGAGACAAUUUGUGGGUUCCUGUGGCAGAGGUGAAGACUCUAGCAAAGCCAACAUUCAUGAGCUUGAAGAAACAAGACCAAGAAGUGAAGGAAGAAAUGUCCACCAUCAACUUUGGAGACUACCAACCCUGGCAGACCAUGUUACAGAAGACACAUGUACUUGGACACUCUAUGCAGUCACGGAAUCUGGUUCAGCUCACAGAAUUCAUUGACCUGCAGAUUAAUCUCGACCCAGAUGAUGACCCCUAUAGUCUUGAGAUGCAGGCCUUUCUUGAUAUGAGUUACAUAGAAGAUAAAGAGACAAAGAAAGCUAAGGCAGCAACAUCAAAGGAGGAGCUUCCAAAGAAGAAAUCCAAAAUAGCAAAAGGGGAGAAGAAAAAAAACAUGAAACCCAAACAAAGUAACCUCAUUACAGACAUGUUCAACAGCCAGAAAGCACGGAAAAAUGCAGAGGAAUUGAGGUCCCAAACCCACCAAGAUCUUGAAGACUUCGACAUCUUGUCUGAGAAACCAAAAGGAAAGGAAGAUGAUAGUGACAUAGAGAUUAUAGAGGAUGGUGUAAUGGAUGUCAAUGUGGAUCAGGCCAAUGGAGAUGAUUUGAUAACCUCCUCGUUUAGUAAAAGUAAAGAAAAUAACACCAGAAGUAAAGACCUGAAUGAUCCAUCACGGAAUUGUGAAGAGGAUAUGGAAAUAGAAAAAAGGGACUCGAUGGAUUUUACAUCUGCUUACGAUAGUAUAUCUAAGCAGGUUGUGUCAAUGUUGUCCUUCAGAUCUGCGUCUCCACUCCACAUUAUGACACCUCCAUAUUCCAUUCCAAGUGACAAGGAAAUCGAUGAACCCUUAAGUCCUACAGAGGUCUUAUCUGAAGUAGAUAAGUGGAUGGAAAACACAGGAAAUACAAGAGGCCAUGGUCAUACCAGACUCAGAUGA